AAAAAAAAAACAAUUAACAUUCACUGUAGUAAUUCAAAGUCAAAGGUGUAUGAAGUUUCUAUUCGAACCUAAAGUUAUCUCAUAUUUCUUAUCAAAGAUGGUCUAAAUAUUAUAUUUUAUCAUAAUGAGCACCAUGCAAGUACAUCAAUAAUUGGUAGAAAUGUAAUGAAUACUUCUGAGACCUCAUAAACCAGGCAGAAAUAUUUGGUAGAAUUUAAAUUCAGGUUUUAUCAUAAAUUUGAAUCGGAACUAGAGUUCAGAUAACCUUGCACCAAUGUUAUUGAUUAAAAUUAUGAUAUGAACUGUCAAAAAGUAUCAUUUCUUUGCAUAGCAGAUGUUUUUUUACAUAGACUGCAGUAUUCUGGAUUUUGUUUUGAAUAUAUCUAUCAUAUUUUUCUUUUAUAUAGACUUUUGAUCGACUUGAACAAGAAGAUGAUAUCAAUCGUAUACAUGAUUAUUUUUCAUAUGAACAUUUUUAUGUUAUUUAUUGUAAAUUUUGGGAAUUAGAUGCUGAUCAUGAUUUAUAUAUUAGUCGUGAUGAUUUAGCUAAACAUUGUAAUGGCGCCAUUUCUAAUAAAAUGAUUGAUCGAAUAUUUUCUGGUGCUGUAUCAAGUUCAAAUAUGAAAGAAGGAAAAAUGUCUUAUUCUGAAUUCGUAUGGUUUCUUAUUUCUGAAGAAGAUAAACGUUCACCAACAAGUAUUGAAUACUGGUUCCGUUGUAUGGAUAUCGAUGGUGAUGGUAUUUUAUCGAUGUUUGAAUUAGAUUAUUUCUAUCAAGAACAAGUACAUAAAAUGGAAAUCUAUGGUAUUGAAUAUAUGCCAUUUGAAGAUUGUAUAUGUCAAAUGCUUGAUUUAGUUAAACCAGAAGAAGCAAAUAAGAUACGUUUAAAAGAUUUAAAACGUUGUAAAUUAACAAAUGUUUUUUUUGAUACAUUCUUCAAUCUUGAAAAAUAUUUGAAUAAUGAACAAAAAGAUCCGUUUUCAAAUUUGAAAGAUCCAGAUUCACCUGAAUUAUCUGACUGGGUUAAAUAUGCUGAAGGUGAAUAUGAUAAUUUAACACAUGAAGAUGGUGGCAAUGAUAAUCUUGAUGAUGGAAAUUAUGAUGAAGAUUUUGAAGAUGAAGACCAUGAAGUUGAAGAAGUAACAAGUAAAAGAUUAGCUAAUAAUGCUGUUUCACCUCCACAACGACUUGGUGGUUCAGAAUUAAAUAAUAAAAUCGAUGAUUUAGAAGAUGAACUUAAACGUUGGAAAGAUUAA